AUGCCUCGCCAACAAAUUAACUUAGACCCCUACAAAGAGGAGAUAAUAUCCCUCUUCCACCAUGGAGUCAGUAGUGAAGCAAUCAGCCGCACCCUAGAGAGCCAACAUAACAUCCAAGUGAAAGAGCGAACAAUCCAAUCCCGCCUACGCAAGUGGGGCAUUCGCAAACGACAUCGAACAACGACAAGCGAUGAAGCUCUGCAUUCACGGAUUCAAAUGCUCUUUAUGAAAGAACAAUUGACUGACAAGGCCAUGCUGAGAGUCUUGCAGCAGGAGGGGUAUGGCAUCUCUGAAAGGACUCUCCGACGGUUGCGGUUCAAGCUAGGACUUCAUGCUAGAGCUUCUUCUGAGCAGGAGCAGACUCAACAUCAACAGGAGCAGGAUCCUCUACCAAUGCUUCAGGUGGCUCAGGCUGUGCCUCAGCCUCAGCCAGUGUGA